AUGGAGAAUAUAGAUGAGCUGGAGCACCCUCUUCUGGGAGAAAGCCCCAAUGACUGCCGGGCAUCGGGGACGGGGCUGGGGCCCGGGACCGGACAGGCCCCGGGCGGGAUGUUCAAGGGUAUCUUGGUGAAGUGUGAGGAGGACAGGGCCUACCCUCCCUUAGCGUGGAGGAGUUAUUGUGGACAUCGUCCUGAGCUUCAGCAGCAGCAGCCGCUGGACCCUUGCUCCUUACCUCGCACGCUGGAGUCCUUUUACCCGCCGGCUCCCAUCUGGGGCCAUGCGGACUCCCUGCUCAGCAAAGACUACCUAGAGACCACCUUUGUGGACAUUCGGCCCGGCUCCACUCUAGAGAGGAAGCUGCUGGCCGAGACGCAGGACUUCCACAGUGUGUCCUACAGCAUGGAUGAUGAGGACGACCUGCUACCCGACUCUGACGACUCAUCCAUUGAUGACUUCAGUGAUACAGACAGUGAGAGCAACUUCCCUCUGAUGAUCCCUCAGGACUACCUGGGUCUGGCCUUCUUCUCCAUGCUCUGCUGCUUCUGGCCCCUGGGCAUCGCUGCCUUCUACCUUUCACAGAAGACCAACAAGGCGUCGGCUCAGGGGGAUUUUCAGGGGGCCAACGCAGCGUCCCGCCAGGCUCUGUGGCUCUCGGUGCUCUCCAUUGUGUUUGGGAUCAUCACGUACAUCUGUGCCAUCGCCGCGUUGAUUUCCUACCUGUCUGGAAAACCACCAUAA